GGCCGCACACGACCUCUACUGGGAGGUAAAGAUAAACGCACUGCACUUCUGGAGCCUCGUAAUGUGUCGCCAGUUCCAGCAUCAGGGUAUGAUUGACGGCACCUUUCCGUCGGUGACGUUCUCAAAGGAGAACAAGAAAAUCGUCACGCUUACCGAGCGUGAAAUUCAAACGCGGCUAAUGAAGGUGUUGAAUGAGCUGUCGUUACGGGGCUGCCUCGGUGUGUUGCUCGCUUGCCUCGGCGAUGAUUGCGACCUGGAAGUGGUGAAGGAAGCGUCAAGCGUAAUCGAACGGUUAAUGUCGUAUCUGAAUAAGUAUGCGUUUCUCGAUUACUAUCAGAAUCUCUCGUCGGCCCCCGGAUCAGGUGGAUCGUCGUCCACGACGCCCACAUCAGGUUCGCCUGCCAGGAAGUUGGAAUCCAGCUCCUCGACGAGUGCUACCGUUAGCUCAUCGUAUGUUUCCACUACAAGCGUAAUGCAAGAAACAUCUGCCGAGACAGGAGGAACUACGAUCGCAGCGGGUGGAGAUACAAAAUCACCAGAUCAAAGUCUCGAAAGCGCUCCGCGCCGUCGUAACGAUGCCGACUAUAGUAGUGCCAAUCUGGCGUGCCGUACAGCGAUUGCGGACGAGAUCAUCGAUUCGAUCGUUAAUCUCAACGACAUGAACCUGUUGUCGGUGACAUACAACCCGCACGUCACGGUGGGCGCUCCAUCGAGUGGUGACGAUUGUGGUUGCGAACCAUCAUUGCAGCAUGCAGAUCUGUUUCAUCAGUACGCGGCGGUUACUCCGGAGCACUUUUUGCAACGUGUCCGAUCGAUCGAUCUGCCUGCGAUGGUGAGCAGUCGGGAGCGCUGGUUGAAGCAAACGGAAAGCUUUGGCUCACUACUGGACGAUGUGCUGUUUUCGUACUAUGCUGCCGACGUAAAUGAUGCAGACUGCUACUGAAUGGACGUAUGUUGACGAAUUCAGGGAUUUUUCGUUUUUGAGUCAUUCAUUUGUCUUUUUUGUCGGAAUCAACCAUAAGAUCACAUUCAACGCGAUGAUGGUAAACGCCUUACCACUUUACGAUUCGAUAUGCCGGAAAACAGCUGGCGACACUGCUGUGAAUAAUGCUCCUAAUGCCGCGCAUUUAAAAAUUUAAUUUCAAUCAUAUUAAUUUCCAUAAAACCACAUCAGCAAUAACGAUUCGUACUUAAGCUAAUCGAAUAACAAAUAUUUGUAAAUACUGCGUUGAUGCGUUCCGUUGUCGGUCCUUUUGGUAGGUUUAUCACAUCGCUAGUCGUUGCCAUUUUCAGAAGAUUGCCCACAAACCCACGUACGAACAAAGCACACUCUGAGUAAAAUGUAAUACGUUUUUGGCCUCUUAAAAGGUUUUUUUUUAUAUUUUGCGAUUGUUAUCAUAUCGAAACAGUUCCCAGUUUUGCGGAAGAGAUAUUGCCUGUUUGUUCAACUGGCUAAGAUUA